AAAGGAGUGCACUGGUACCGUCUGUAUUAAUUUUCCCACUCAUCGUAGACCAUAUUUCCAUGAUCAUCAAGGCAGUCCACGGUCAUUCACACACAACUCCGCCGCCUUCGGGUGCGUAAGGAGGCAUGGCUGCCUUUUCCGGUCACAAUCUGCGAUUUCCAUCAUCAGCUGAAGCGAUAAAGUCUUCUUCUUCCUCAAUCCCUAAGCAUCCACCAUCGGCGUUUGCAUGUGCUGCCAUGAUCAGCAGGUCAGGCAUCUCCGCGAGGACACAACGUCACACCAAUAAUACUCCCAGGUUUGACCGGGGUUCUCAGGAGGGAAAUUUGACAUUGAAGGAUUACUUACAACAGUCGAAAGACUUACUCAGAUCUGACGGCGGCCCGCCCCGCUGGUUAUGUCCCUUGGAUUGCUCCUCCACCCGGCCACAACAUUUCCCGCUAUUGCUCUUUUUGCCAGGCAUUGAUGGUGUUGGGCUUGGACUUCUAUCACACCACAAAGCACUGGGAGAGAUUUUUGAGGUUUGCUGCUUGCAUAUUCCUCUAACGGAUAGAUCCACAUUUACAGAUUUGGUUAAGCUUGUUGAAGAAACUGUUAGGUCUGAGUAUUCUAAUGCACCAAAAAGACCCAUUUAUCUUGUUGGGGAGUCUAUAGGCGCUUGCCUAGCACUUGCUGUUGCUGCUCGUAAUCCCAAUAUUGAUCUUGUAUUAAUUUUGGCCAAUCCAGCCACAUCUUUCAGCAGAUCUCGGCUGCAUGGUUUAUUGGGUCCAACAGAUGCCACGUCUAAGCUAUCCUACCCUACCAUAAUUUACUUAUUGAGAUUUGUCUUAGGUAUUCCUUUAAGGAUGACUUUGGCUAUAUUUGGAAAAAGGUUGUCUAUGCAACAGACAGUUGAGGAGCUAACUCAAAAUGCUGCAGCUCUUUCAUCCUAUGUUUUUGUGCUGGCUCAUGUCUUACCUUUAGAAACACUUUUUUGGAGGCUGAAGAUGCUUAAGUCAGCUGCAGCUUAUGUUAAUUCUCGACUCCAUGCAGUUAAAGCCCAAACAUUGAUACUCUCUAGUGGUAGAGAUGAACUUCUACCCAGUCAAGAGGAAGGUGAAAGACUUCGCCGUGUCCUACCAAAUUGCGACAUCCGAGAAUUUAAUGACUGUGGUCAUGCCCUUUUCAUGGAAAAAGACAUGGAUUUAGUCUGUGUCAUUAAAAAGGCUGGAAUUUAUAAACGUGGAGUGCGCCGUGACUGUGUCUCAGAUUACUUGCUACCAAAACUUUCAGAGUUUCAAAGAGUGUAUGAACCAUUCAGGUGGACCGAGGUUGCCUUCAAUCCUGUGAUGCUCUCGACCUUGGGAAAUGGGAAGAUUGUGGAAGGUCUUGCUGGGAUUCCAUCAGAAGGACCUGUUUUAGUUGUUGGUUAUCACAUGAUGCUGGGAGCCGAACUGAUUCCUUUGGUGUCCCGUUUUUUGCUCGAGAAGGAGGUUGUCCUUCGCGGGAUGGGUCAUCCUAUGAUGUUUUCAAGACAGGGAGAAGGGGGGUUGUUACCGGAGUUAUCAUCAUAUGAUCCAUUCCGGUACAUGGGCGCUGUGCCUGUAUCCGCCUCCAACUUCUUUAAACUUAUGUCGUCAAACUCCCAUGUCCUACUCUAUCCAGGUGGUAUGCGGGAAGCUCUUCACCGGAAGGGUGAAGAAUACCAGUUGUUCUGGCCAGAGCAGUCUGAAUUUGUGAGGAUGGCAGCCAGAUUUGGAGCCAAAAUUAUACCUUUUGGCGUUGUUGGAGAAGAUGACGUUGGUGAAUUGCUCUUCGAUUACCAUGACCUGAUAAAAGUCCCAUAUUUCAAGGAUGCCAUAGAGAAACUAACUGCUGAGGCUGUAAAGUUGAGGAGUACUGCAGAAGGUGAACUUGCAAACCAAGAUGUGCAUCUCCCAAUCAUUCUUCCAAAACUACCUGGCCGCUUUUACUAUUAUUUCGGGAAGCCAAUUGAAACAGAAGGAAGGGAGGAGCUGAAAAGGAGGGACAAAGCCCAUGAAGUGUAUCUGGAGGUGAAAUUAGAAGUGAAAAAAUGCAUAGCUUAUUUGAAGGAGAAGAGAGAGAAGGAUCCAUACAGGAAUUUAGUAGCUCGCUUGCAUUACCAGGCCACUCAUGGCCUUCGUUCUCAAGUCCCCACUUUUGAACUCUAAUCAGUCCUGUUGGUGCUUCUUCUCCUAUCAAUACCUAUUAUAAAUGUAAGAAACGUUUGUAUCAAAGUGCUGUGGUUCGUCACUGCUCACUCACUCAUAGUCAUACACUCAUACAUAUGAGGAUUAUAAUAACAAUCACUUACUGCCGUCAAUGGGGGUGUGCAAGUGAGAUCACAUACCCAAGUACAAUUCUUAGGAAUGAUGACCAACAUAGUUUAUUAUACUGAUAUGUAAAACUUUAAAAGACAGUAUUCAGGCCCAAAAAUGUAAUCUGAUAGUGUGAAAUUGUAUCAGGAAUGAUGACUUGUAGUUGUCACUUUAGUACAUGAACUUGUAUCGAGUAAAAAGUACAUUAUUUAUUAUUAGAAAUUAGCCAGUACUUGUACAAUAUACUUGGUUAUUUAGUGUAGGUUCAGUACGUCUCUUAUUACACUUAUCUAA